AUGGACGUUGAUACGACGCUGUCAGAUCUGACGACAAACUACGUUGUGGACGCAGAAAUGCAAACUACUCCAUGUGGAGCGCUAUGCAGCUCCUGCAACAUUCUGCACAAGGUCAACAUUCUUACACAAAGGGUAGAAGAACUUACCAUCUCCAAGAAGAAACUGUCUGAACAGCUUGCAUCACAGAACAAUGUCAACUUGAUGCCAGAGAAGCAGCUGAUAUUUUAUACUUGCAUUUCCAAGGCAAGAUACUUAGCCUUGCUGGCAGCUAUUGUGGUGUGCCUACCACAGGCGCAGAAAAUCCACCAUUCAGCUCAGCUUCUCAUGGUACUUAUGAAGUUGAGACUAGCACUACCGUACCAGGAAUUAGCAUACAGGUUUAACGUCCACCGACACACUGUCAGCUCUACAUUCAAGAUCUGGAUCAAGCCACUGGCAAUUCUAUGCAGCCAUCUAGUGAAAUUUCCCAGUCCAAGUGUUGCACAGACUUGGCUAACAAAGACAGAAAGACGGAAGUUCCCAAGUCUGCGCUGCAUUAUCGACUGCACAGAAGUGAAGGUGUCACGGCCACACAAUCUGGAUACUCAACAAGUUGUGUGGAGCAACUAUAAGCAGACGUCGACACUGAAGUACCUCGUGUGUGUCAACAAUGCAGGAGCAGUUGCAUUUAUUUCAAAAGCAUAUGGAGGUCGUAUAUCGGAUAAGUCCAUCACCCUGAAGAGUGGGUUCCUCGAUCUUGUCAAUAAAAGGGACAAGGUCCUGGCAAACCGAGGACACCUUCUGCAUGACGAAUUUGCCCUGAGAAAUGUGGAGCUGAUUACGCACACAUUCACCAAAAACAAGCAACAGUUGAGUGCCAUUGAAACUACCAAAUCACGGAGAAUAUCCUCAACACGGAUCAUUGUGGAGCGGGCUAUUGGGUACAUGAAGAAUUGGCGUAUCUUGACAGGGACUGUUCCAUACCACCUCUGCCCAAUGUAUGAUGACAUACUUGUUGUGGUGUCAGGACUGGCAAAUGUAGCACUACUGAUUGCAAAGAAAGGGUUCGCUGAGUCAGCGAGCACAGAGGAGUCUCCAAGUUAAUGACAAUCUUCUGUGGCUCCUCUGGAAGACCAUCACUGUCGGAUAUGUCAUCACUACUGUCAGAGACAGCUUCUGGCGUUUCACUCAUCUCCACUAAUGUGAAGUGCUGUGCAUCUGGUGCAAUCUGUAAGGGAAUAUUCAGUGUCAGUGAUGAAUUUGGACAGUUCAGCUCUGCAUGUUCCAAGUGAAGUCAUAUAGUGCAAAGCUUACUCUCUUCAGCUCUGCCAGGAACGCAUCAACUGCUGGUUCAAUCUGUUGUGCAGCUUGCAGUGGACGUUUUCUUUGCCUUACUACUGCCCCCUUAUGGACAAACAACAACUCCUCCGCUGGCACAGGUUGAACCUGAAGCGAAAUACAAUCAUGAAACGUGAGUGUAUCACAUGCAGCAACACACUGUAC